AUGGGCAUCAAUUGGAAUAGAAUCGAUACAAAAUUUAAAAGAUCUCCUCAGAGACUACUCGUUCUCAUAUAUAUAGUCAACUUUGUCCUGCUUUACUACGGGUUCGGGAUCCCUUUUUUGAUCCAGUUGUUUAUCAAUAUACUUGAGAUAGUAGCAGUAUUCUUUGGUUCAUAGUUCCAAAUCAUUGGAUUGACUGGUGGAAUUGCUACUGGAAAGAGUACAGUCAGCAGUAUUUUGUCUGAAAUUGGAUUUGAUAUAAUCGACACAGAUAAGAUUUCUAGAGAGUUAAUGGACAAUGACGUGGGAUUGUAGCAAGCAGUAAAGAAAGCAUUUGGACCCACUAUUUUAGAUGAUAAUGGAGUCAUUGAUAGGGAUAAGUUAGGAGCUGUGGUAUUUUCAGAUGCUGAAAAGAGAAAGCUAAUCAACAAAUUAACCCAUCCACGUAUUUUUAGAAAAAUUAUUCAGAAAGUGAUCUAAUUAAAACUAUUUUAACGAAAGCCACUUGUUGUUUUGGAUGCUCCCUUACUCUUUGAAACAAAAAUCCUUGAGUUCUUCUGUUAUCCAAUCAUUACAGUUUAUUGUGAAGAUGGCUAAACUCAACUCAAUAGACUAAUGACGAGAAAUAACUUAACUGAGGAUGAUGCAAUGAGAAAAGUAAAUGCUUAGAUGCCAAUCAGUAUAAAAGUGAAGUAAUCAGAUAUAAUCGUAGAAAAUGGUGGAAGUCUUGAUGACUUGCAUAAGUUCGUAGAGGAUAGAGUAAUCAAACUAAUAUACUAAAAACUUGGCUAUAUUGAUAGUGCAUUGUGA